UGUCUUUCUUCAAGCUAGUUCAAAUCGAAGCUCACUUUCUCUCGUUCUCCAGCUCUCUGACUCUCAGAGGCAUGUUGUUGGCGUCAAUUUGCCGAGAAAUUUCAGCUUAAAUUUUAGUUUUUCUGAGAAAAUUCACUUUCUAUACCUUAUCGAGCUCCCCUCAAUCUGUUAUUGACUAACAAAAGCUUAUGCUAUCCAAAUUACGAAAAUGACCAUAUCGCCCUCGCUCUGUAUUCCCAAUUCUUCACCUAUCUCCACGGAACUCCUUAAAUCGAAGCCUAAACCUCACCGCUUCCCGUUCCCCAAUUUUCCCGUCCAUAGACGACUCAUCUCAGUCUCUGGUGACCAUAGAACCUAUUCCGGCGCCGGAAAAGCCCGGGCCAAAUCGAAAGAACUUGUCCUCGGCAAUCCGUCCGUUGUCGUUGAGAAAGGUAAGUACAGCUAUGACGUCGAAACCCUAAUCAACAAACUCAGUAGCCUCCCUCCGCGUGGCAGCAUCGCGCGUUGUCUUGAAAUCUUCAAGAACAAGCUCUCCCUAAACGACUUCAGUCUGGUCUUCAAAGAAUUCGCCCAGCGCGGGGACUGGCAAAGGUCGCUUCGGCUUUUCAAGUACAUGCAGCGUCAGAUUUGGUGUAAGCCAAAUGAACACAUAUACACAAUCAUGAUUAGUCUAUUAGGACGAGAAGGCCUUCUUGAAAAAUGCGCCGAGAUUUUCGAAGAAAUGCCUACUCACGGCGUGCCACGUAGCGUCUUCUCCUACACAGCUUUGAUAAACUCUUACGGGCGUCAUGGCCAGUAUGAGGUGUCGCUUGAGCUUCUAGAGAGGAUGAGGAAAGAGAAGGUUCCUCCUGGUAUACUAACUUAUAAUACUGUGAUAAAUUCGUGUGCUAGAGGUGGAUUAGAUUGGGAGGGUUUAUUAAGUUUAUUUGCGGAAAUGAGGCAUGAAGGCAUACAGCCUGAUAUUGUUACUUAUAAUACUUUGCUUAAUGCUUGUGCUGAUAGAGGUUUAGGAGAUGAGGCUGAGAUGGUUUUUAGGACUAUGAAUGAAGGGGGGAUGGUGCCUGAUAUAACAACUUAUCGUAAUCUUGUUGAAACAUUUGGGAAAUUGGAAAAGUUAGAGAAGGUUAGCCAAUUACUUAAGGAAAUGGAAUCUAGCGGUAAUUUACCUGAAAUUUCCUCCUACAAUGUCCUACUAGAAGCCUAUGCAAGAAAAGGGAAUAUUAAGGAUGCAAUGGGGGUGUUUAGGCAGAUGCAAGAGGCGGGGUGUGUGCCAAAUGCGGUUACCUAUAGUAUAUUAUUGAAUUUGUAUGGGAGGCACGGGAGAUAUGAUGAUGUCAGAGAGCUUUUCUUGGAGAUGAAAGUCAGUAAUACAGAGCCUGAUGUGGCUACAUAUAAUAUACUUAUAGAGGUGUUUGGUGAGGGUGGAUAUUUUAAGGAGGUGGUGACAUUAUUCCAUGAUAUGGUGGAGGAGAAUGUGGAGCCAAAUAUGGGGACUUAUGAGGGCUUGAUAUAUGCUUGUGGUAAAGGAGGGCUACAUGAGGAUGCUAAGAAGAUUUUACUUCAUAUGGAUGAGCAGGGGGUAGUGCCAAGUUCAAAGGCCUAUACCAGUGUUAUUGAAGCUUAUGGACAGGCUGCAUUGUACGAUGAGGCCCUUGUUAUGUUUAAUACAAUGAAUGAAAUGGGAAGUAAGCCGACUGUUGAUACUUACAAUUCACUGAUUUACAUGUUUGCAAGAGGUGGACUUUACAAGGAAUCUGAAGCAAUUUUGUGGAAAAUGGGGGAAUCUGGGGUUGCACAAGACAGGAAUUCUUUCAAUGGUUUGAUUGAAGGAUAUAAACAAGGAGGCCAAUUUGAAGAAGCUAUCAAGGCAUAUGUUGAGAUGGAAAAAGCAAGAUUUGAGCCAGAUGAGCGGAGCCUCGAGGCAGUUUUGAGUGUGUACUGUGCUGCUGGUCUUAUUGAUGAGAGUGAGGAGCAAUUCCGGGAAAUUAGAGCUUCAGGAAUAUUGCCCAGCGUUAUGUGCUACUGUAUGAUGCUAGCUGUUUAUGCUAAGAGUAACAGAUGGAAUGAAGUUUAUGAGGUUCUUGAUGAGAUGGUCACAAAUAGGGUAUCAAAUAUUCAUCAAGUGAUUGGGCAGAUGAUAAAAGGAGAUUACGAUGAUGACUCCAACUGGCAAAUGGUGGAGUAUGUCUUUGACAAACUUAAAUCUGAAGGAUGUGGUCUGGGAAUGAGAUUUUAUAACACACUUUUAGAAGCACUUUGGUGGCUGGGUCAGAAAGAACGGGCAGCAAGAGUGCUCAAUGAAGCAACAAAACGAGGGCUUUUCCCAGAACUUUUUCGUGAAAGUAAACUUGUCUGGGCUGUAGAUGUCCACAGAAUGUGGGAAGGGGGUGCGUAUACAGCGAUAUCUGUGUGGCUGAAUAAUAUGUGUGAGAUGUUCUCGAAGGGGGAGGAUCUUCCUCAAUUAGCAUCAGUUGUUGCAGUACGGGGACGGAUGGAGAAAAGCUCGGCUUCACAGGAAGUUCCCAUUGUGAAAGCAAUUUAUUCCUUCCUGCAGGAUAAUGUUUCAUCAUCAUUUUCUUUCCCUGGGUGGAACAAAGGUCGAAUUAUGUGCCAGCGGUCACAUCUGAAGCGCAUUCUAUCUGGCACAGAAGCAACUUCAGAUGGAAACAAAAACGAUAAAUUUAUUACAUUAAGCAACUCCCCUCUUUCUCUUCCUAGAACAAGAACAUCAAAAAGCAAAUUCAAGAAUAUUCAACAUGAGAUUUCCAAAUCUGAAACAAGAACAGAGCUAAUGGCCAGCCCAGUUUAAGUUGAUACACUAAAUCAAUUAUCUACAUUCAGGGCAUGGAGAAUUUCUCUCCCUCGUUUCAGAGGUUAUGGGAAGAAUUGAUCUGCAGUCUCAAAGUUCUUGCUAAAUUGGAUAUUGGCUCACCAAAAUGCGAAUAAAUCAAUGGAGAUGAUAUUAGCAAGAGGAUUUGUUGCUUACUGCUUUGAUUUGAAGACUCUUCACGUCAGAAAUCUUCGCUCGAGUGGGAAGAGCUCAGGGUGGAGGAUUGUAGUUUUGUAGCUCUAGUUCAGUAUUAUUGUACGUGUAAAUGGAUUUUACUUCUACAAAUAUUAUUUAAUUAUUUUUGAGAAAAAAAUGUUGAAAAGAACUGUAGGUGUUGCUAAAAAUCUAUAGAACCUCACUGGCUGAAAAUACGAACAGGUGACAUCCCAACUACACAGGAAAUUUGAUCGAAGCAGCAAGUGGAAGAAGCAGAGUCAAGAGUCAAUCAUAACUUGAAGUACAUUUCUGUCUUUCUAAUUAAUUGAAAUUUGUUGUGUUCACAUAAAACAGAACUUCUGUAAACAUAUCUCUGACUCGCAAAAGGAUUGCUGUCCUUUUGGAGCAAAUUGUUGGUGUAGAUUAGCAGAAUUCCUGCUAUUUAAUA